UGAUGCAAUAUUACCAAUAGUGAUGAAAUAGGCCUUCCGGUGAAAUUCCCGAGAAUAUACCCAUACCCAAUGUGUUUAUUGGCUAUUGGCUAAUUGGCCCUUGGAAGUUGCCCAGCUGGUUUCUGCUCUGCUAUGUGCGAUCUGAGAUCUGAGAUCUGGAUCGUCGUGCUGACCCCACUGCAGUCCGCUUCUGGCGCUGAUCAAGAACGGAGGAUGAGUAGUCGGAGUCGGAGCCAGAGGGUCACCUCCACACCCACCCGUGUGUUCCUCCAUCUCCUGGUGCUGCUCCCGCUGCUGGCAGUGGAAGCAACACCCGCCAUAUGUCCGCAGUCGCAGCGCCGCAUCAUCUUCCCCAAGGAGUCCUUCGAUGAGUGCCACCUGGACGACCCCCCGAGGACGAAGGGCACUUGCCGGCGCAUGGAGGAUUGUCCCAGUGCGGUGAACGCAUGGCUGGAGCGACGGAAGGCCCCCAAGACCUGCUUCUUCGUGAGGUUCGAUCAUUUCGUGUGCUGCGAACCGGAGAAGGAGCUGCCGGAGAUCACCACCAUUAAACCACCCAUAGCAAUGCUGCUCAUGCGACCUAGUCUGUGGGCCUGCAAUGAUUUAAACGAUGUCGUGGAGACACAAGUUGUGGGCGGGAAACCCACCCGUUACCGGGAAUUCCCCUUCAUGGCGGCCCUCGGCUGGCGUUCCAACUUCGAUCAGCAGAUCUAUUAUCGCUGCGGCGGCGCUUUGAUCUCCAACAACUUUGUUUUGACGGCGGCCCACUGCGUCGACUUGGGCGGUGAGCCGCCCAGCCAGGUUCGCCUCGGUGGCGACAACCUGACCCUGUCCGAGGGCGAGGACCUGCCCAUCCGGCGGGUGAUCGUCCACCCGGGAUACAAUGCCAGCACCGCCUACAACGACAUCGCCCUGCUGGAGCUGGAGAGCCCGGCAAAGCCGGUGCUGAAGCCCAUCUGCAUGUGGGCGGAGAAGGAGGUGGCCAACUCGCUGGUGACGGCCAUCGGAUAUGGACAGACCAGCUUCGCCGGACUCUCCUCCGCCCAGCUGCUGAAGGUGCCGCUGAAGAUCGUCAGCAACGACGAGUGUCAGGUGCACUACCAGGUGGACCAACUGGCCCAGGGAGUGCUGUCCACCCAGAUGUGUGCCGGCGAUCUUACCGGCGAGCGGGACACGUGCCAGGGCGACUCCGGAGGACCCCUGAUCAUGCACGACGGCCGGCGGGGAAACAUUGUGGGCAUCACAUCGCUGGGGCAGGGGUGCGCCAGUGGGCCGCCGUCGGUGUACACCAGGGUGUCCAGCUUCGUCGACUGGAUCAAUGGCAUCGUGUGGCCGCAGGAAUUCCAGAAACACCAGGGAUCUAAUUUCAUUAUUUUCCCGAAUAACGAAUUUGUUAAGAUAAUUAAUAGUAAAUAUUUUAGUUACGCUCAAGAAAACAGGAAAGUAUAAAAGACUUAACUUUGCUUGUUAACUUAAAUAAAACCUCUAAAAUAAUUUAUUAAUAAGAUUCGACAACAAAAAAGGUUAAAAACGAA